AUGUAUGUUCAAUUGUCGGUGUAUAUUGUUGAAGCAAUUAACUACGGCAUUGAUAGGCGUAGCCAUGUUUUCGGCUGGAGUAGGGAGAAUCAUAAUCUUGAAAGGGCAGAGCCGUUAGUACCAGUCAUGUUCCUUGUGACCAGUUUUGAUCGAUUACUGUCUUUGGUCGCACCCAUGUCCUAUUUCAAGAACGGUUUCCGACUUCAGAUCAUCCAGAUAACAGUAUCGCACGGUAUAGUGGCUGCACUUGUGAUUGAAGCCUGGAUUGAGACGUUACCAGAUAUUGAGCCAAAUAAGGACAAUGUUUGCUGGACAAGCGAUGGGAUGCGAGCGUCUCACGUAGCAGAGUUCUUUUACAUAAGAGUUGUCACGUCGAUGUUGAGUGUUGUUCUGUAUAUUAUAGCGUAUUUAUUGUUGAGAAUAAAAACUGCAAAAACUGAGCAUUUUGGUCAAGCACAACGCAUCUUCGAAGAACGCCAACGUCAGCUAACGCUCACCAUGCUGAUCUCGUGUUUCUUCACGAUUGUCCUCUACGUGAUCCCGGUUACAGCCAUAUUCAUCAACGACAGCAUCUCAGUCCCAGUACUGAACAGCUUCAUCAACUGGUAUGCCAUCCUCUCGGGUGAUACCAAUUGUCUCGUCAUCAUACUCAUCAUCUAUUUCAAACAACCGGAUAUUGCUAAAGCCAUCAAAAGCGUACUAAGACGUCCCUUCACUCAAGUUAAAUCCUUUAAUCAGUCUGGAGUGAUCACUGUUUCUUAG